CUUUGUCUUUGCUGUUAUUAAUAUAUAGGCUAGAGUUAAAUGUUGACAUGGUUUACUUUAUUGUACAGUCUUCGUACAAUCAUUCAAACUGUGAAAAGAUUACUAUCCAUGUAACACAUCAUCACUGUAGAAAACGCAACCUUGUACUAUUUGACUGACAAACUUCAGAUGGAGAGCUUGGAGUUUGAUACAGAUGAUGAUAAAAUUAGAGUAGAGUAAUAGUAGUCAGUCUUUAACUGGUCUUAUAGAAAUAUGCGAAGGGGACCUCAACCUACCGGUUCUCUCAACCUACCGGUUCUACCGAUACAUACAUUUUCACGCCCUUACCAUUUCUUUACACAGGAGAUGAGUGUGUAUUGUAGGGAUGCAACGGUACACAGUGUGUUAUCGAACCGUUCAGUACGCCCCGUACGGUUCAAUAUGCACACGUGAACAGCAGAAUUACGGUAUGCCUGUCAUCUUCCUAUAAUUUCCAAAAUGUUCUUAUUGCUGCAGACUACACGCACGUUGUAUAUUCAGAUCCAGAGAACCAGACGCGCAGUUUGUGGCCAUUAGGGGGCUCCUGAGGGCUGACAAACUUUACUCCACAGCAACGUCUCAAAAUGUAGUGACCGCUUCCCCCUCCCUGUUAAACAACUAAUGGACGAUUUGUAAUGACUUCUCAGUAGGAAACCUCUCUAAAGGGGCCCCAUGAAGAGGGGGGGGGAACUAAAAACAAAUAUCUCAUCUCCAACGUGACAAUGGCAAGCGCUAGCGAGACAGAGAGAAGCACAUUUAAAGAGGCACUGCUGUCUUUCAAAUCCGCUGUGUGGGAACAUUUUGGAUUCAGUGGUCAAUACGAUGACGAGGGUAAGAAGACCAUAAACAAACAAAGUACAGUCUGCAAGCGUUGCUUUGCCACUGUCGGCUACUCGAGUGGAAACACUUCUAACGUGUGUCAUUUACGUCGCUAUCACCCGGCCGUAUCCCUUGCAGGUGGAGCUGGAGCAAGGAGAGUCCACUCGUUAGCCAAAACAACAAUCUCUCGCUGCUGCCUUCCAACAACAAUUUGUGAAAAAUUCAGAAAAACAUUUUUUUUUUGUUGACAGGAUGCCGACACACCUCGCUGAUGAACUAUCAAAAAGGCUGUGUAAACAAAAUAAGAGGAUAGUGUACACUGUUUUAGAGUACAGCCCCUUGCUGGACUCUUGCAAUAUGACCACAGAUGACUGGGCUACAAUUGGGAAGGACAUUGAGAAACACUAUGAGAAGUAUGACGGUUUUGUCAUUCUCCACGGCACGGACACAAUGGCCUACACAGCAUCUGCUCUGUCCUUCAUGUGUGAGCAUCUGGGGAAGCCUGUCAUCCUCACCGGCUCCCAGGUGCCGAUCUAUGAGAUGAGGAACGAUGGAAGAGACAACCUGUUGGGGGCGCUGCUGAUCGCUGGUCAGUUUGUCAUUCCUGAGGUUUGUCUGUAUUUCCACAACAAGCUGUACCGGGGCAACCGUGUGACCAAGGUGGAUUCUGGGAGUUUCAAUGCCUUCAAUUCUCCUAACCUGGCUCCUCUGGCCAUUGCUGAAGUGGAUAUUAAAAUUAAUUGGGACACGGUGUGGAGAGCAAACACAACCUCGCGGUUCAGAGUGAGCACUCAGAUGAACCGUAACGUGGGUCUGCUGAGACUCUUCCCAGGCAUCACUGCUGUGACUGUGAAGUCCUUCCUGCAGGCGCCCAUGGAGGGCAUCGUCCUGGAGACGUAUGGUAGUGGAAACGCCCCUGACAACCGCGCUGACCUGCUUGAGGAGUUCCGGAAUGCCACAGAGAGGGGCGUGAUCAUGGUCAACUGCACCCAGUGUCUGAGGGGUUCUGUCACCACAUCGUACGCCACCGGAAAGGCCUUGAGGGACGCAGGACUGGUGGCAGGCUGUGACAUGACUUCUGAGGCUGCCCUGUGCAAGCUGUCCUACGUGCUGGCCAGGACGGACCUCAGCAUAGAGGCCAAAAAAAAGAUGCUGAGUCAGAACCUGCGGGGAGAGAUGAUCGCUGACCUGCAGGGGGCCAAGCUCACUCUGAGCGACGGCGAUGACCUGGAUGAAGCGACUAAGUCCCUGAGCAUCAGCUAAUGGAGAAUACAUUGAGUUCUCAGUCUGUCCAAAAGAAUCCUGAAGACCAAGAUCCUCAACUCUUACCUCUCCAUCCAUCCCCAUCACUCUCUUAUGCUGGACAUUUACACACAAGUUUGCAGAUUAACAGAUUAUAUUUAGAUUCAUCCAAACCAUUUACAAUUGAUAUAUUUGCGAUAAUCUCAUAUACAGUUGGUAAACUGUAGUUGUAAAAGCACUAGUAGCACAACAUUGGAUAUCAAGUAAUAUGGAUGCACUGUGCCUAGAACAAGCAGCACUAUAUCUGUUUGCUUUGUAUGUACCACAGUAUAUGAUGCAUGUGGAGCAAUUAACUCUGUUUGCAUUAAGAGUAUUAUCAGUGAUCAUUGGAAGCACAGGGAAGAAUGUUGUACCUUAUACUAGGCACUUGAUGGGUAGAAUGCUGUUGAUGUGCUUUAUGAAAUGCUUAGUAUAGAGUGAUAUUUAUUCUAAAUGUAAAUAGUCUCACUUAGACUGCAUGAACAAUACAUAUUUUUUCCACCUUCUGAAAGCACAGAUAACUGCAGUUUCCUGUUUGAAAAACAGGACAAUCCAUCCCUCUAUUCUGCUUACUUGUUUCCUUACUCUAACAGCCCGGGCAGAGAGACCAAUGUCAUAUAGCUGGACAUCACUUCAGCUGUUAUCCAAUAACUGUUACUCAGUGCUAUGCUCCUCUACUUUCUAUGUUCAUGGUCAAUUAACUAUUUGAUUCAAUCAAAAUGCCAAUAACAUUAUCAUUAGUAUGUGUCAAUCCAUGUCAUGGUUUUGUCAUACAUGUGUAACUUAACAGCAACUUUCAUAAAAAACAAUUGACAUGAGCAACUUUAUAGAAACAAUUGACAAGAAACAACCCAGUCAUCAACAUUAGAGGAUUUGCAACCUGUAUUACCUCCCAGUGGAGGAGUACAGGGGGUAUGAAUGGGUGUGUGGGGCGGUGUCCAUAGACAAAACAAAGGCAUUAAACUGUCCAAAAUCUU